AUGAUGACGUUGAUCGUAUCACUGCUACUCGUGGCCCUUUGCACCCAGCUCGGCGAGGGUUCUUUCUCGUUGCUGAGCGCACCGCGACAAACUUGCGCCGGCUAUGCGGGUAUCGCGGACGCGAUUGCCGCCCUCACCAAAUCGAUUGCCAACCAGACACCGGCCCAAGAUCCUUUGGUGAGUGUGCAACUAAACCUUCAGCAGCUGUUGCGGCUGGUCACGGUUUAUCAGUCCUGCGACGACGUAACCGGACCGUCGGGAUUGUACCGCAUCCAGGACGGUAACGACGUGCCCACGCACUACUACUGCGAGACGGAACUGUUCGGUGGCGGUUGGACUAUGAUACAGCACCGUACGAACGGUCGCACGAAUUUCACCCGCAGCUUCAAUGAAUAUCGCGAUGGGUUCGGACAUCCCGAUCAGGAGUUUUGGAUUGGCUUGACUCGCCUCAAUCGGAUAACGACACCGACCCAGUACGAGCUAGCGAUCCUGAUGGAAGGCUUCGACAGUACCACGACUACGGUUCGGUACUCAAGCUUCAAAGUGGCAGCCGAAACGGACAACUUUCGCUUAACAACGCUGAGCGGAUUCAGCGGCACUGUCGCGAACUCAAUGAGCACCUCAGUGGGGAAGACAUUCUCCACGUUCGAUCGUGAUACGGAUUCGGCGCCCACGGUAAACUGUGCGAGAGUGUGGAAAGGAGGAUGGUGGUUUAGUGACUGCGGGGACAGCAAUCUGAACGGAUGUUACAGUGGUGCAACGCCUACUACCAAUCCCAGAACGUCCAUGGUGUGGGUAGGCUUCAAGGGGGCUUCACAAUCGCUCAAGACGUCCAUAAUGCUUAUACGCAAGAAAAGAGCCUAA